AUGCUGCACGUGACCCGCCCGCCCGGCAAUUGGCCGCGAUCCAACGACCCACGACAUCUGUCAACAUCUCCCGUGAUGAAGCGUAGAAUAGGACCAGAGCUGCACCAGAAGCCUCGAAAACGUGCCACAAGGCAGGAUCCAGUAUCGUGCGAGUCAUGCAGACGCAAGAAGCUGAAAUGUAACCGGCAGCAGCCAUGCAGUAGUUGCGUCACCCGAAGACUGCCAUGCAGCUAUGUCAUUGCACCGGCUGCGGCGGACACGCAUAAUGCAGGAUUGGAAGAUGGAAACCAAAGAGAAGCAACCGUUCCUGGUCAGGGAAACACACCCGAGAUUCAGGAGAUGCGAAGAGCAGAUACACAAUCUGUUGCGAACCCUCAACCAUCGUACCGCAGCCGGGAAUCACUGAUGACAGCGGACUGGCUGGAAAACAUUCACAUGGGUCAACGAGUGCCAACAGCCACGCCAAAGCUACUGAGAGAUGAACUCGAUGAACUGAGGAAUAAGGAUGAUUCUGUUCCCCCGGGAACAUUGCUCCCGGUUUCCUGCCGAAGUUGGAAUGCGUCCCGGGAGGAUCCUGCGACAGUCAAUUUGCUAUCGUUUCUUCCCCAUAAGCAUGAGGCUUUGGCACUUUUUCGAUACUAUACAAAUUAUAUUGAUUAUCUCUACCACAUCAUAUUUCCUAAGCGCGCGGAGGAUCAGAUAGAUGGUAUCUACCGAGCCAUUGAAAGAGGCCAACCGCCUAAUUUGAAUCACUUAGCACUCUUUUUCAGUAUGGCCGCCAGCUCGUUGUUUUUGCAACUAUCCGUGGAGUCUUCUAUUCAUGCAGAGCUUUGCAGUCGCGAGUUCUCCUUUUUGACCGGCGCCGCCCUGAUUCAAAGCAACUACCCAGUUAAUCCCACGGUCGAGGGCUUACAGGCAGCAAUGGUUAUCAUGCACCAUGCAUCAAAUAUAAGCUCUCACCCAUCAGUCAGUGGUCUCUUUGUUCACGGAGCAGUUAUUAGCCAAGCAAAGAAUCUCAAGCUGCAUUGCAUCGAUUCACCAGGAUUAAGGGAGGAAAGGGAGGCGAAUCCACCCGAUGCGGUGGAGCUAGAGACAAAAAGGCGGCUUUGGUGGGACAUCGCAUCGUAUGACUGGUAG